AUGCAUCCGGAAAGUGGACUGGCACAUAGGCACAACCAUUACAAGAAGUACCUUCGGUGGCUUCAUUCAGUGGCUAGAGUUUCUGUCAAGCCACCACAAUCCACUAAACCUAUAGAAGACCACGUGGACACCGACGAUGAUGAUGACAUCAUCGAUGUGUACGAUGAUAUCACUCGUGGAGGAGUUCAGCCCGAACGGGGCCCUUUGCAGAACUACAUGGCACAACAACUCGGACGCCUCGCUAACGAGGCUGGCGUGGCAAUGGCUCAUGCAAACGAAGGAGACAAUGCCGGGGGGCACUUUAGGGCAUUUGUCGAGAGAGUCCAUCGGAGCUGCAGGCGGAUGGCCGCUAGGCUCAAUUGCAUGGCUCGGCCAGACGAGGCGUUUGGUCCAAAGGCCUCUGGUGCGCGAACUUCAAGUGCACGUGACCCCACUUCCAGCAUACGGACACCGAUUCACUACGGUGCCGCAACCGCUACAACUCCUGGGCAUUCCGGUUCGAGAAGCCGUUCAAGGACCACUUCCAGGACUAGUUCACGUGCCUUGUCAAGGGGCAAAGCUAUCCAGUCAUCCGAAGGCAGUGAAGAGUCCGACUACCAAGGCGACUCAGAAGAUGAGGACCCAAGCUUUCAGGUGCUUAGGAUGUCGCAGAUGUUUGAUGCUCCCCUAGGAACGCAGACUCAGGGUGAAUCGAGUCAGGCACCUCAGGAUGCACCCGCUUCUCCUCCGCGUCGCUGACAAAGGCGUUCUCGUGACCACACCGACGUUGGUAGCACGAACGUGCUCGCAACAGUUCCUGGAAGGCAACGGCGGCCCACCGACCCUUUCAGCCCUGCCGAGCGUGGACGGCGCCGUGGAUGAAGGAGCA